AUGUCUCUUUUCAUGGAUCCAUACGCGGAGAAUAUGCAGCGAGAUUCCACCGAAGCGCAACGACUCGAUGAGCAGUUCGCCCUCCUCACCGAAAACAUCGGCUACCUGCUGCACCCGUCCGUUCGAGACAAAAUGCACCCCCAUGCGCGAGUGGCUGACAUCGCCACCGGCACUGCAGCCUUCCUGCGCGACCUCGCCCAUGACUGGCCCGACGCAAUCUUACACGGCUUUGACAUAUCAACAUCGCUCUAUCCACCCGCCAGAACCCUCCCUAAUAACGUGACUCUUCACGUUCUCGACGCGCGCAAGGAUGUUCCCGUCAACCUCUACGGACAGUAUGAUAUCGUGCACAUUCGACUGAUUGCCGCCGGUUUGACAGCGUCUGAAUGGGGGAGAACUGUUCGCAAUCUUGCUAAGCUUCUAAAGCCUGGCGGUGCUAUGCAGUGGGAAGAGUGCGACUUUACUAACGUUCGCCACUUCCCCGGAAGCGCUACUUCUACGACUGACGCUGCGAGUGCAAUGGGAAUUAUGUUCAUGACUGCCAUGAGACCCCGCUUCGAGCAUGGCUGGAAUCGACUGGCUACCGAGAUGCGCAAUGCUGGUCUAGUAGAGGUCCAUACUGAGGCAGUUUCUGCAGAUCGCGUGUAUGAUACACGCGCCCGUUUGACUGCAAAUGGGAUGAGGGCUAUGUUCGCGUGGUCGCGCCUUCAUUCUGCUAGAGGGUCGCCAGGUGCGCUGCACAUGUGGCAGAUUGAUGAGCUGGAGGAGAGGGCUUAUGCGGAUAUUCAAUCUGGUUGUUAUGUCACAUUUGACAUCCACGUUGCCUGGGGAUUUCGGCCGGAGUAG